GGUACCCAAGACGGCAGGGUUGCGCGUGUGCCUUUCCAGGUCCUGGCAGCACCAUCCAGCUGGAGGUGAGGACUCUGGCUGCCGUUUUUAUGACUGCAAGGAACACUGGAUGUUUUUAUUUUGAUUUCUUCUUCACUGGAUUUUAUAUGCACACGCUAUUAAAAGCGCGAAGACAGCACGCGGGUGAACGCGCGCGACGAGCUCGAUGGGGAAAAUAAGUUGAUCGCCUUCGUAAGAAUGUUUUCCUCGUUCCAGGAAAAGGGAUUGCUCAGUUGAUCAGCGUGAUGGGUGUUUCGAGAAUAGAGGGGCUUCGGGGAUUUUGACAUUUGGAGAAGAUCUGGAGAUAACCAUCUACAGCUUAGGCUUUUUGAGCGCAACAUAUAGCGGCAACAAUUGCACAGAGCGCCAUACUGUAAAAACAAGCGCUUCUCGGAUCGAUAUCCUGCGCGCGUUUUUCGUGUUUCACAUUUAAGAUUCUUUUGAAACUGAAACAAGUAAGCUGGUGAGCAAGGAUCAAGUCGGCUACGGUGGCCUUACUGAGAGCCACGUAACUUCUGCAAACUGCAUGCAGCCCCGGUGGUGGAAACAGGGCUGGGAAUUAGCCCAAAAUGGCAAAUAUGAAGAAAUCUAAAAGAUGAAUGUUGCAUCUCCCACGUAACUUGUACUGCUCGCCGAUUUCCCUUUGCCAUACAAGUCCCUGGUUUCGCGUGAAGCAAGGUGAUCCCUGAUACCUAGCUCAACAUGAGGGAGAUUUAAGGCCGUGUAGAAUGUAUUUAUUAUGGGGGGAGUGGGCUUUCUUUUCGGUCGCAUAAACAUUUUGUUUUAACCCCUCUCUCCUUUUUACUUUUUGUUUACUAUCCACGAGAGGCUUCUUGUAUGCGUGCGAUUGUUAUUUAUUUGCUAGUCUUAAAAAAAAGAAAAGAAAGAUCCGAUAGGAAGUAGGUCAGAUCAAAGAAAAAGAUAAAGCUGAAGAGUUUUCUGAAUGAUUUUUCCCAUGCUAGUAUGACACAUUUUCACACUCAUUGUGAUAAAUGCCAGACAUUUCUGCUCUGAUUUACACGUCGUUUGGCUACAUGACAGCCAAAUGAGAGUUUGACCACCACUGCUGCUUAUCUUGACAGCUUUGUUGGUGUCCCAUUUUCGCUUCACGUCCCUCUUUGUUUUGUUUUUGUUUUUCCAACCUCUCAUUUUCGGGUUGUUGAGUGAGUGAAUGGCUCUGUGCGGAACGACGGCUUCAAGUGCCGCGAAAAUGAUGGCCGCGUACAACGGCGGAGGCACCUCGGCAGUGGCAGCGCAUCACCCGCACCACCACCACCAGCUAGCCCAUCUCCCGCCACCCGCCCACCUCCACCACCAUCACCACCCGGGCCAGCAUCAUCUCCAGCACCCCGGCUCGGCCGCUGCCGUGCACCCCGUACAGCAGCACGCUUCUACGGCCGCGGCCGCUGCUGCUGCCGCCGCGGCGGCGGUGAUGUUAAACCCGAGCCAGCAGCAGCCGUACUUCCCCUCGCCCGCUCCAGGACAAGCUCCGGGGCCGGCGGCUGCCGCGGCUCCGGCGCAAGUUCAAGCCGCCGCUGUGAAGGCGCAUCAUCAUCACCACCACCAACACUCGCAUCACUUGCAGCAACAGCUGGAUAUUGAGCCGGACAGACCUAUCGGAUACGGAGCUUUUGGUGUGGUUUGGUCGGUGACGGACCCCAGGGACGGCAAACGAGUGGCCCUCAAAAAGAUGCCCAAUGUCUUCCAAAACCUUGUCUCCUGCAAAAGGGUUUUCCGUGAGCUGAAGAUGCUCUGUUUCUUCAAGCACGACAAUGUGCUGUCAGCUCUGGAUAUUCUGCAACCUCCACACAUCGACUACUUUGAGGAAAUUUAUGUGGUGACAGAGCUGAUGCAGAGUGACCUCCAUAAGAUCAUCGUGUCUCCACAGCCCCUGAGCUCUGACCAUGUCAAAGUCUUUCUCUACCAGAUCCUCCGAGGAUUGAAGUAUCUACACUCAGCUGGUAUUUUACACAGAGACAUUAAACCUGGCAACCUAUUGGUCAACAGCAACUGUGUACUUAAGAUUUGUGACUUUGGCUUGGCGAGAGUGGAGGAGCUGGACGAGUCGCGUCACAUGACCCAGGAGGUGGUGACGCAGUACUACAGAGCGCCAGAGAUCCUGAUGGGGAGCAGGCAUUAUUCCAAUGCCAUCGACAUCUGGUCUGUGGGCUGCAUCUUUGCCGAGCUGCUUGGCCGACGCAUCCUCUUCCAGGCACAGAGUCCCAUCCAACAGCUGGACUUGAUCACAGAUCUAUUGGGGACGCCGUCUCUGGAGGCCAUGAGGACUGCGUGUGAGGGGGCUAGAGCUCACAUCCUGAGAGGCCCUCACAAACAGCCCUCACUUCCUGUCCUGUAUACCCUGUCAAGUCAAGCAACCCAUGAGGCUGUUCACCUCCUCUGCAGGAUGCUGGUCUUUAACCCGUCGAAGCGGAUCUCUGCGAAGGAUGCCCUGGCACACCCGUAUUUGGAUGAGGGGCGUCUGCGCUACCACACAUGCAUGUGCAAAUGCUGCUACACAACAUCUUCUGGCCGCGUCUACACCAGUGACUUUGAGCCCGUCACCAACCCUAAGUUUGAUGACGGCUUUGAGAAAAAUCUGACGUCAGUACGGCAGGUCAAAGAGAUCAUUCAUCAGUUCAUCCUGGAGCAGCAGAAGGGGAAUCGGGUACCACUCUGUAUCAACCCCCAGUCUGCUGCCUUCAAAAGCUUUAUCAGCUCUACAGUAGCUCAGCCUUCUGAGAUGCCUCCAUCUCCUCUGGUUUGGGAGUAGCUGAGCAUGGCCAUAAAGAUGAUGUCAAUAAUAACAGUGGUGGUGAACACCUCUCCUGCGGCCCGUUCCGCGCCCACCCCUCACAGCCACUGGACUACUGACCCCCAGGCCUCCCCAAACCUGCGUAGCAUUUCACUGGAGUCUAGAACUAGCCAUGUCGCUGAUGUGUGUGUUUGUACUGUAAAUGGAGUUUUAUCAAAGCAACCACUGCUGAUCAAAUUCAAAGCGGGACACGGGAAGGGUGGGGGUGGUCUCGGGGUGUUGGUUUGUAUGUACAGAAGAAGCAUACCCACUGCUCUAUAGUUGUAUACUGAAGGUUUGUUUAGAUGCACACUUGCAAACCCGUACCCUAAGCAGACGAAGUCGACCCCUGUGGACUUGAAUAUAUUUUGAACACCAGGGCGGCAACCUCUGCAUGGGAUUCCUGAAGGAAAACACAUAUAUUCUGUGUGUGUGUGUGUGUGUGUGUGUGUGUGCGCGCACGAGUAGGCAUGCUUUAUUUAUUUAUGGAAAGAGGAAGCCACGUGCAGUGCUUCAUAUAGAAUGGAAAAGAAGGCAACUUCUCUCUCUCUGUUUCACUCACGCUGGCACCUUAUAAAAAACUGUGACCACUCGUUCGGCUAGAGUGAGCUCAUCGCAUAUAUUUCCUUUAACAGUAGUAUGAAUGUUGAUUUUAUGACUUCUUCCCAUUUUCGCUGUCAUCUAUGCUUUUCCUUUCUCUAUCCAUAUAUCUUUGUUUGUAUCUCUCAUAAUCAAAUUUUCAUCAGUAAAAAUCAGUAUUCCUUAGUGCAACAAUUUGCUGAGAUACUGAUAAGUAGGCGCCUUGAAGUACUCCUGAACAUGGACGUGUUGUGUCAGUAUUUAGUUAUUUGGGGUAACUGAACGGUACAGCAAUUCUAAAACAUCAAGGAUCCAAAGCAUGCGAGAUUGGCCCAAGGCGAAAUACACGACUGCCGGUCUGCCUAAAAGGGGUUUAUCUGAAGCGUAGGAGUGCCACAGGUAUAGAUACUCCAACAUCAGUGAUGUUCAGAAGUCUGUUUUCCUGUCCAGCCCAUAGGCGGUCCCUAGACACAAAGAGUGUGUGGAGAAAUCUCGUAAGCGUUGGUCUCCUACAGACAGGCUAUCCCUGCCAGAGUACCGAGAACAUACAGCAUGCGAGUAAUUGAAACCAAAUUAAAAUACAAAGAAAAACAAAGACAAAAAAAAAGGAAAGAUUAUUCAAGGACAAAAGAAAAAAAAAAUCUGUUGAACCGUUUGGAUGGUCCACCAAAUCAUUCCAUAAUAACAAUGGUAUAUUUCCAAACCUUGACCCUUAAAGGGAUAGUUCCCCCUAAAAAGAUAAUUCUGUCAUUUGAUCACCCUAAUGUUGUUCCAAACCUAUAGAUCUGAGUUUUUUCCGUGGAACAAAAAAGACGUUAGGCAGAAUGAUGGCCUCAGUUGUCAUUCACUUUCAUUGCAUGGAAAAAGAUACAAUGAAAGCAAAACGUUUGUAUUCCACUGUGGAUAAGAAAUCAUAUGGGAUUACAAGGACAUGAGUAUGGGUAAAUGACGAAAGAAUUUUAAUGUUUUGGUUGAACUAUCCCUUUAAGACAAGUGAAGAACAGCAUUGUGUGAGUGCAUGUAUGGACCCUGUGCAUGUUUUUAACUGACAAUGACAGUCACAAUAGUGAUCCUGUUUAUGUCAGUUCAGUGUCUUCUUCUUUGACCCCAAAGCCCUUUUCUGUUGAAGAACUCAUGCAGAUUAUGAAUCUGAAAAGGAGUGAUGGUGUAUGUUGUGGGUCUGAGAGCAAUUGGAGUAGUUUCACUGUAACGUGCAUAUAUUUCCCACAAUGCUUUCUGCACUCUUAAAAAAAAAAAAAUCUAAAUGAAAAGACUUAAUAUAUUUUUAGAUAAUUAUUUUUAUUUCUUCCUCAAUGUGCUAUGGCAUGCUUU